ACGGCCUGUCCACUCCACUCCGCUCUAGCUCCCGGCUCCUCUCCCGGCCUUGUCCUGGACCGCCAACGGGUGUGGGUGUGUUCUUGUGGUGGCAGACGGGUGCAUGCAGACCCCAGAGGCACCCACACCGACUCUGCGUUCUUGGAGAGCUGGGGCGUGGGCCUGGGACGCCCGCGGCAGACUCAGUCGAGGAGGAUGACUCCUGUGAGCGAUGGAGGCACGGCAGAGAGCAUCUUCGACCUGGACUACACGUCCUGGAAGAUCCGCUCCACGCUGGCGGUCGCCGGCUUCGUCUUCUACCUGGGCGUCUUCGUGGUCUGCCACCAGCUGUCGUCCUCCCUCAACGCCACGUACCGCUCUCUGGUGGCCAGAGAGAAGGUCUUCUGGGACCUGGCGGCCACGCGCGCCGUGUUUGGCAUUCAGAGCACGGCUGCAGGCCUGUGGGCCCUGCUGGUGGACUCCGUGCUGCAAGCCGACAAGGUGCGUGGCCAGCAGAACUGGUGCUGGUUCCACAUCGCCACGGCAACUGGGUUCUUCUUCUUCGAAAAUGUAGCGGUUCACCUGUCCAACGCGCUCUUCCGCACGUUUGACUUGUUCUUGGUGGCCCAUCAUCUCUUCGCCUUUCUUGGCUUUCUUGGCUCCUUGGUCAACCUGGAAGCUGGCCACUAUCUGGCGAUGACCACACUGCUCCUGGAGGCCAGCACCCCCUUCACCUGCAUUUCCUGGAUGCUCUUAAAGGCCGGCUGGUCCGACUCGCUGUUCUGGAAGCUGAACCAGUGGCUGAUGGUUCACAUGUUCCACUGCCGAAUGGUGCUGACCUAUCACAUGUGGUGGGUGUGCUUCCGGCACUGGGACGGGCUGCUCAGCAGCCUCCACCUGCUGCACCUGGCGCUCUUCCUCGUCGGACUGAGCCUCCUCACGCUCAUCCUCAAUCCCUACUGGACCCACAAGAAGACUCAGCAGCUGCUCCACCCGGAGGAUUGGAACUUUGCGCAGCCGGCGCCCAGAAGCAGCCGGCCCACCGGGGCCAACGGCCAGGUGCCGCCCAAGAAGGGGCAGUAGCCGCUGGGGGCCCGGACUGCAGCGUGCGGCCCCUGGCCCCGGGCCCCGCCGGCGUUCUCCGCACGGGCUCAGGUAGACACGGGCUCCGAGUCCAGCACUGUCUCCAAGUCGGACCAGCUGUGUCGUUCAUGUUAAUUUCCACGUAGCCACAAAGUGUUUUUAAAGCUUCGGUUUGCCUCCGGGGCUGGAUUUUUGCCGUCAUAACUCCAUUGUCUGCUGUGGUUUGUUCCUGCGCGCCUACCUAUGCGGGGCCCUGAUCGGCACCAAGGAGGGCAUCGGUGGUGGAGGCCGGGCCACCUGUCUGGGAGGGCUUGACGUGGCGCUGUGGCCGCCCGCGUGGUCUCUCUGGUCACACGGUCCGCGUGCCGUGUGUCCUGUCCGGUCGUGGUGUCCCGCUUAGUUGGAGAGAACUGCCCCGAGCUGGGUGCCCCGUUCGUGCCCCUCGUUAGAGCGUCCUGCGUGAAGCGUGCAGCCCACUGUGCACACGUGCGUCCAGGGCGCGUGGGGACCACGGGCAGGAGCCGCCGCCUGGGACCGGACCCCGCCUGACGGGAGCAUGCACGACAGCAGGGCCCGUGAGGCUUGUGGGUCACGGGAUCCGUGAGAAAACAAGCAGUAUGUAUUCAUGCUCUGUGGCUCACUCGGCAAAACACGGGAGACGUUUGGUAAUCGGAUUUGUCUGGACCGUAGAACCGUUCUGAAUAGACCGAGUUGCCGUUGGGCUUCCCAUCCGGACCCUUGCUCCGUGGCUGGUGCGUCUGUGGGUGUCAAGGCCGAGCAGUGGUCGCUUUCCCCCGGGCGUCGAGGGGCUGGACGGCAGGGCCCGCGGUCGUGGCUCACUCCACGGCAGCCCUUGCUGGGCGCCUGGCGGUGCCUCCCGAGGCGGUCGCCUUCGCCACGCCGCGCCCGGUGGAGGUCCCAGCAGCCUGGCUCGUGUGCCGGGAGACACGGGCAGCCCCGCUUCUGAAAGCUCCCUGCGGCCUGUCCGCCUUUACCAGAGACCUGCGUCCCCACAGCAGCGCCUCCCUGCCGGAAGGGAGGCCCCGUGGGUUUCCGUCAGGCGGCGAAAACAGGCACAGAGUGGGUCUGCAAAGUGUUGCAGCACAAACUUUAGGAAAGCGGGGGUCAUUUCAGCUCACAACGUGGGCUGUGGGGGAGACCCACGCGCACAUUUUAUUCUGGCCAUGACCGUGCAGUUAAAAUUAAAAGUUUGUUUUUUAUUGAAAGCCCCUUUGACGUGUUUGCAAAAAACAUGUGUUUAUGGGUCGUGGAGGCGCCCGGCCUGCGCUCGUCCUGGGACACGGAGCUCCCAGUGCUGUGUCCUCAGCGCUGCUGCUUCGACCUGCGGGUCAUGCUUAGGUCAAGGUGUGCAAUACCUGCCAUGUCCUCGUAAGAAGUGACUUCGAUCUGCGUUCUGAUGGGACGAAGUGUAAUAAAGUAACUUAUGUUUAUGGACCCAAAA